UUACGACGUUAACGCUACAAUGAACAAUUGAAAUAUCACAUAUUCAUUAUUAUAAAUAAAUUUACAAGUUAAAAAAAUGAAGUGUUCAAAAGGGCUUUGGAUAUUUGUGUUGUUGAUCUUAUUGUUGUUUUUAGCAAUACCUCUGCACAUUGGUGUGCUUCGUAUACGAAUUCCGCAACAUUUGGCUGAAGAAUUAUUCAAGAACUUUACUGCGAAAUACAACAAAACCUAUAUAAAUCCAGAGGAAUUCCAAAAACGAUUAGGCAUUUUUAAGACAACGCUCGAGAAUAUUAUUCGAUUAAAUACUGCAGAAAAUGCGACGGCACAUUUCGGAGUCACACGAUAUUCCGACCUAACACCUGAAGAAUUUGAGGCGAUACACUUGAAUAGGAAUAUGUCUCACAUUAUUGGAGCUCGACUGAAAAGCAUUCAGCAAACGCCAUUGAAGAACGUCAACUCAACCAUCAAAGUAAAUGAGGUUAAAUACGAGUUCACAGAUAACAAUGAAUUUGAUCGGUAUCCAUCGUUUUAUAAGCAAAAUCUACUGGAACAGAAUGUUAAUUUCAUACCCAUGAAAGUUGAUUGGCGAAAAGAAAAUGUUCUGCGGCCAGUGAGACUCCAAGGAAAGUGUGGCGCAUGUUAUGCUUUUAGUGUAAUCGAAAUGAUUGAAGCCCAUUUGAAAAUUCAUAAAAAUCUGACAAAAACAUUGAGUGUCCAACAGAUGAUUGACUGUGCCGAAAAUGAAAACCGCGGCUGUGACGGCGGCGAUUCGUGCCUUUUGCUCGAGUGGUUGGUCGAGGAUAGAAUUAAAAUUCUCACCGAUCGCGAGUAUCCCAGAUCAAAAGAUGGAAUGAAUCAAACGUGUCAUAUUCUACUUAACGAUCCAACUAUGGAGGGGUAUCGAGUCACUGACUACACAUGCAGCAGUUUCAUCGGGAAUGAAAAUGUAAUUCUGGAAAUCGUUGCCAAUUAUGGGCCAGUCGUAGCAGCUGUGAAUGCUUCACCAUGGCAGCACUUUUUGAGUGGAAUUAUCCAGCAUGAAUGUGAUUCCAGUGCAGAGGAUGUAAAUCAUGCAGUUCUGAUUGUCGGUUUUGAUCGCUCAGGACCCACUCCGUACUACAUACUGCAAAAUACGUGGGGUGAUCAAUUCGCUGACAAUGGCUUUGUGAAAAUUGCAAUCGGAAACAAUACGUGCGGCAUUGCCACUCAAAUCUCAUUAGCUAAACUUUAAAAUUACUAUACACAACUACUUCAUAUAAUACUCAUUUUGCAAACAAUCAAAUCAGUUUUCUUGUUGAAAUUUAUUACAAAUAAAUACGUUCGGAUGUGUACAGUUCACAUGCAUAUA